AUGGUGGAUCAAAAGUAUUUUGUGCUCGCGUCUCUUCUCUACGAUUUUAAGAUGGGCAAAAACGCUGCCGAAUCACAUCGUGAUCUCUGUUCCGCUUUUGGAGAACAAGUUAUGACCGAAAGAUCCUGCCAGCUCUGGUUUGCUCGAUUCCGAGAAGGUAUUGAAUCUCUUGAAGAGGAACCACAUGGGCAUCGCUCGGCAGCAAUCGAUAAUAAUGAAUUGGAACAACUUAUUGAAGCCGAUUCAAUG